AUGGCGCUUCAGCUAUGGGAGACGCUGCAGCAAGCAAUCACGGCCUACACGGGUCUAACUCCGGCCACUUUCUUCACAGCACUGGCUUUUGGGCUGGCUAUUUACUAUCUGCUCUCUUCGAUGUUUGGGCCAUCUGAUCCGCCACCGAGGCCCAGGAGCUUCGAGGAGGAGGUCCAGCCUCUGCCGCCGCCGGUUCAGCUGGGAGAGGUCGGCGAGGAGGAGCUGAAGCAGUACGAUGGUUCUGAUCCCAAGAAGCCUUUGCUUAUGGCGAUUAAGGGUCAGAUCUAUGAUGUCUCCCAGAGCAGGAUGUUCUAUGGUCCAGGUGGACCUUAUGCCUUGUUUGCCGGAAAGGAUGCCAGCAGAGCACUGGCAAAGAUGUCCUUCGAGGACAAGGACUUGACGGGAGACAUCUCCGGCCUAGGUCCUUUCGAGAUGGAAGCCUUGCAGGACUGGGAAUACAAGUUCAUGAGCAAGUACGUGAAGGUCGGUAGCAUCAAGAAGGAAGUCCCAGUAACUGAUGGUUCCUCCAGCGAGCAACCAGCAACUGAAAAUGGCGAUGCCAAGCCUGCUACCACCGAAGCAGACGAUGCGAAGCCAGCCGAAGAUGCUCCAUCUACGGCAGUGGAGCAUAACGAGGUUCCUCCAACAAGUGUUGAGUCCAAAGAGGAUUGA